AUGCAGACUGCUUCUACCAACACUUGUGAAAAACUGUGCAAUAAGUCCAUCCGUGAAAUUUCCUUGCUACUAAAUAUUCCACGGACAACUGUUAGUGGUAUUAUAACAAAGUGGAAGCAACUGGGAACAACAGCAACUCAGCCACAAAGUGGUAGGUCAUGUAAAAUGACAGAUCGGGGUCGGUACUUGCUGAAGCGCACAGUGCGCAGAAGUCACCAACUGUCUGCAGAGUCAAUAGCUAAAAACCUCCAAACUUCGUGUGGCCUUCAGAUUAACACAACAACAGUGCGUAGAGAGCUUCAUGGAAUGGGUUUCCAUGGCUGAGCAGCUGAUCCAAGCCUUAUAUCACCAAGUGCAAUGCAAAGCGUCAGAUGCAGUGGUCUAAAGCACGCCACCACUGGACUCUUG